UUAUUGACACCGGAAGUAGUGAGUGAAACUCCACACGUGCGGUUUGCUCAGGAUUUGAAGGUUAUAGCUGAGGCAGCGGGCAGGUUCAGGUGGUCUGUCUGCAGAGUGAGGGCUAAAGCCGGGUGAGAGUGACCGGUCGACGGUGUGUGAGCAGCGGCCAGACGCAGACAUGGAUCCGAUGAAGGCGCAGCAGCUUGCGGCGGAGCUGGAGGUGGAGAUGAUGGCUGACAUGUACAACCGAAUGACAAAUGCAUGCCAUCGGAAGUGUGUUCCACCACAUUACAAAGAGGCAGAGCUCACCAAAGGAGAGUCUGUGUGUUUGGACCGAUGUGUGGCCAAAUACUUGGACCUUCACGAGAGACUGGGGCGCAAACUGACCGAACUAUCUGUGCAGGAUGAGGAGAUGAUGAGGAAAGGGGCCGUCGGGAGCGGAUAAAAGGAAAAGAAUUUAAAACAACAAAAUAUAUAAUAUGACUGGUGAGGACUGGCAGGGGCUUUUUGGUCAAAAUGAUGUUAAGUUUUGUUGAUGGAAAUUAAAAACCUGAGACUGAGCAGAAUCAUGAUAUGAAAGAGUUGCCUGUUUGUCUACAAGUAACAAUAAACUGGACUGAACAGGCUUCUGUUCGUGGACUGUAUGUAGUUGCCAACUGAAAGACACAUUUUCAUCUGCCAACAUUACAGUUAAUAGUUUUUGAGACUAUUCGGCAGGUGAAAUAAUUCAACCAUAUCCUCAAUUUUGUCUGACUCAAAACAAUAUUUAAGUUUUCUUUCUUGUGAAACACAUUUUGAGAUGCUUUUCAGUCUACUUCAAUAGGAUGGUUUACAUCUUGGUCAAGCUGUCUGUUAUGCAGACAAUGUUAGUCUACAGUAAAUCAAGGGAAGAAGCUGGAUGCACUGAAGUCUUUACAAAAGCACUAUGCAUUGUUUAGUCUAUUAGAAGAACUUGAUCAUUCUCUGGUGUACUGGAUUUUCUGAUUACUUAGUCUAUUUACGUACAUUAUGUGAAAACUAUUUUGUGCUUUGUCUGUGGACCAUGUAUUGAUUUGGUUUUUCUGUAUUAUUUGUAGUUUUUUUUUAUCUUCAUACUCAAAGUCACAUAAUGUUUAAAUGUCCAGUGUCUCAAAUAAACUAAUGCAAUUAUAAAUAA